UUAGAGUAAUGGAAUUGCAAAGUACACAGGUUAAGUUCUUACCACCUAAUUGCACAUCAAGGCUUCAACCUUGUGAUGCUGGAAUCAUUUCCUCUUUCAAAAAACAUUAUCAUUGUAAAUUUGUUCAUCAUCUUAAAAAGUUUGAGGACAAUCCACAUGAUACCUCUAAACUUAAUGUUUUAGAGGCUAUAAAAUUCAUUAAAAUUGCUUGUGUUACAGUCAAUACCAUUGUUAAUUGUUGGAGACACACAGGUAUUAUUAAUUUUAGUAAUGAGAAUGAAUUAGUUGCUGACAUAGAGAGAGAUGUUGUGGCCUUAAGGUAA